CGGAGAGGACAGUAAUAUAACGUAAGCAACGACAUAGUGCGCUGCGAAUUAACAUGAGUUCCCUGAGGGUGAUUUCUGACACAGAAAGUCCUGAGAUGAAGAAUAUAAGCAGCAAUUUACCUCCAACCUGGGAAAUGUGGAUUUGGAGCACGUCAUUUCUGAUGGGAAGCUUAGCCACUUUAGUAGCAAAUCUGAUCACGUUUCAAGUCUUCUGGAAUCAAAGAAGAAAUUUAAGGCAGACUAGCUUUGUAUUAGUCAACUUGGCCUUGGCUGACCUCAGCGUGGGUUUGUCAGAGGGAUGUUUUGCUGUGGAGAACUUGCUGUCAAGUUACAUGGGAAAAAAGCCCACUGAAAUAGGAUGUUUAGCUGUUGACGUUUUCUCAGAAGGCGCUUCUUUGACCUUCCUGGGUCUUAUGUCGCUAGAGAGAAUGCAUGCUGUGUUUUGGCCUCUCCGACAUCGCAUGACCAGACCUCGCAGUUAUAUUUAUGCUAUCUGUACAUCAUGGUUCUUUACCACCAUGACGACCGUCCUGUUCAUUUUAUCUUACGUAGGACUUGUUAACCAGAUAAUAACGAUUGGUCUAUUUGUGUUUAUAAUGGCUGUUAUUCCCAUUUGCAUCUGUGUUGUUUACUCAAGAAUCUGGCUUCAUUUGCGACACAUAAAGAAGCAAAGCUUAAGAAAACACCGCAGCCCGACAACAAACAAGCUGACCAAGACUUUGUUGAUUGCUUCUUUUCUUUCAUUGGCUGCAUGGCUUCCUUUAGGCGUUGCGUUACUGGUUAAGUUCCUUUGUGUCGGCUGCUUGUCGUCAGUGAAUGUGACUCGAUUGGUUUACGGAGGGAGAAUCCUUCAGUAUGGCAACUCCCUUUUGAACCCAGUUGUUUAUAGCUUACGGAUCCCAGAGUUUAAAGACAAGAUAAUUCAGCUAUUUUGUAAGCAGCGUCGCCGGAAAUUACGACGAACUGCUCCAGAAACGGCAUGCCAGGUGCACGCGUUAAGAUCAGCAACUCCAGUGUUACUUUCGUUUACAUCGUCAAACUCACCACUGCAUCUAGAACGGUCAGGAGUAGAAACAUGCUUCACGAUGACAAAUAAUUUAUAAUGGUAAUGUGGUCGAGUGGAGCCCAAUUGGGUCUGUGAUCAUACGAGUGAUUGACAGACGGAAUUGGACGACAGGAAGUCCUGUUACCAAUUAAUCAUAACCAUUUCAGUUUCCGAAAAAAACAAAUACACUUAGAACAAAUAUCUCCCGUGGAGACAGUGUCUUGAUAUAAAAAAAUAACUCAAUUUUGGAAAUUCCCCAGUUUUCCUUUGAAUAAGUGGUUUCUGCUAUGGUUAUUGCGAUCAAUUGAGAUUGGUGAAUAUAGCUAAGUGGAUUUAGUAUGAUUGGCUGCUUCAACUGUUCGAUUACAGGUAUCCGAUUACAGUCAACUAUCUGAUUACACUGUUCGAUUACAACUAUACAGAAUGAUCAGUGAAAAAUGAAGCUGCGAAUGCAUCAAUAACAUUUGAGGAAUUUGUAAUGGUUAUGAUUAAAGGAGUAUCAAGGGUAUAAUAGCUUAUCUCGAGUCCCUUCAAGUAUCCUAUCAGGUAAAAUUUGACUAUCUUAAUCGAUAUCGUUCUGAGAUUAGUGUUUACCGAAAUAGUAGUUCUCUACAAGCAUUUAUUUGACAUCUGAUGAUUUAUGCUAUGUGGUAGUGUGGAAUUACAGCUUGAUUGAUAGACUUUAAAUUCUCAAGGAAACGUGAAAGGAAGUCUUGAAGAGGCUUAGAUCUGGGAGGGUAGAAUAGACAGUUGUUGAAUACUUUAGUAUCUGUCAUAACAGUCGUUGUUGGUGCCUCGCUUAAGAACGAUGACUGAUUACUGAGCGAAGAGUUAUGAAAGAAUUUGAAUGAGAGUGAGUUUUUAACUAUCAAAUAAGGCUGAGCUAGCUGUAAUUGCUAUAAUUCUGGCAACUCUUGAGAAGUGUGUCUGUAGGACGUAGCCUAUGCCCACCAUAUGUCAUUUGGGUCAUGAAAUAGUGAAGUAUCAAAGAUAAUUACAUAUUCACUUGAGUAAACCCCUCCGCUUAAAGUGUUAUCGUUAAGAAUGGCUCACAGUUCCUUACACAGUUAAUUACAUUUAGCUUGUUUAAAAACAUUUUCCAGGUCCCCCCUCCCCCACCCCCUAAUGAAAACCCACCACUUAAGCGAUAUUUCUUUUUCUUACAGCGUUUUUAGUUUUAUUUGGUUGUUUUUUUCCUCAACUUAAUUCCUUUUCCAUAUGUCUACCAUAGUUCCGUCGGUCCAUUACCAGUUUCUUUCAGUUUAGACUGGAACCGUUUUUCGUUGAUGAGAAAAUGAGAUUUAUUUUCCAAAGGAUUGGCUAGAAUACAAUUGAUUUUCAAUCAACUAUUUCGCAUGAAAAGAAAAAAACCAAACAACCAAAAAAAGCAUAUGGCGCAAAAGUGGUUUUUUGCACGAACACUGAGAAUUUUAUAUUUAAAUAUUCUCUGUUUUCCU